CACUUUGCUUCCCAUUGUUUUCUCCCUCUCCUGCUUUCCGACUCACACAAUCCUGCCCACUCCACUGCACGCCACGGUUGUUAGGCCAUCUAUGCUAGCGGGGCAGAGGGGUACAGCAGAGACGAGGCCAGUAUGACGUCGCAGGCGAAGCUUUCGAUUCGGCCACUGCCCCACCUGGAUUUCGUGCUUGGCUUCCCAGGGAUUCCAGGGUCGUCGACGCGAUCAGCAGCCCACAUCGCAGGAAAUGUAGAGGUGCGCCUGGGCAGCAAGGGUCUCAAGGCGAGCUGGCUGCGGAUCGAGCUGAGGAAGCUCGAGAGCGUGCCGGGUGGUGAGAACUGGGGCGAGCUCAUCGGCAGAGGUCCUCAGGACGUCUGGAGCGCUCUCCCAGGCUCGGGCAAGGGCGAUCGCGAAGUGGACGAGGAUGGCGGCCGAUGGGAGGUGCUUCAGACGGCAGACUUUCCCUUCAAGAUCCCGGUCCCGGAGGGAUUACCACCCACGGCUCGACUCGACAAGCAGUGUGGCAUCUCCUACGAGCUUGUCGCCAGCCUGUGUGUCAAGGGAAAGAAGGGACUUCUGAAGAAAGAGUCAACGUCAUCGAUAAUCCAGUCGGUCCAUCCGAUCGUCAUCGAAAAGCAUGAUCUCCACUCGACAUGGCCGGCGUACAACGUCCCCGACGAGCACCGCGGUGAGAAUGAAGGAGUGAGGUGCAGGGUGGAGAGGUACCAGACAUGCUAUGCUCCUGGCGACAAGGUGCGCGUCAAGAUUAUCGUUCAGAGCGGCAAAAUUGAGCCGGCCAAGCUCAAGAGUGUCGCCUUUUCCGUCCGCGAGACAAUCACUUUCCACGGCGGCAAGUCGAGCCGGCUGAGCCUCACUUCCAACUCCGCCACGAACCGCAACAAACCGGCGAGUCAGCGGACUGAAACGCUAACUCAAAAGGCAAAGCAGGUCGGCAAGAAGCUCUACAAGGGCGAUUCGUACGAAUAUGAGCUCGAGUGCGCCAUCCCAAAGCACCACGCGCUCAUGACUAUCAGCACGGCGAAGCACGUCGAGGUGAGCUACACGAUGCGCGUCUACGUCGACGUGUCAAAGGCACCCAUCAUCAUCGACCAUCUUCCCAUGACCAUGACGACCUUUACCCGGACGGCGAGCUGGGAAACUACUCGUAAAAUCGGCUAUGUGCCUGGCCUCUCGAGCGACGACACCGCUUCCUCAGUCUCCGGUGGCCAAAGUCGGGGUAUGACAAGAUCCCAGUCAUACAGCGGAUCCGCAGCAUCGCUCGAUCGCCGGGCCAUUGGAGGCGGUCCCGCUUCUUAUGACUUCAACUCCAAUCUUCGAAGGAGAGACACAGUCAUGACGCAAGCCACCAACUUUUCAGGCCCAGGUAUGGCCGGCCGAGGUGUUCCUGGCCAGCUGUUCUCGUAUUCGUACGGCAGCUAUGGGGCCGUGCAACCCUAUCAAGACGAGGCAGCUCCUGUACCCAGACCUGCCUUUGCAGGUCCUCAAGGAGGUGUUGAUGGUCUGGAGCUGUCGCCUGAGGAACAGGUAGCCAUGUUUCAUCACUCAAAUCGACCGCAGGAUGCAUAUGCGCUCGGUGGCGAGUAUCGUAUCCUCAAUAAUUCAGGUAUCGUUCCCCUCGACGGCGGUCGGCCGCACUUUCAGGCCAUCCAAGAGGAGGGCGCGCCCAUGUCGACCGCCGAUGUUCACCAACAAGUGGUGCAGCAGCACAUUCAGCAGCACCAUCACCACCCGCGCUUCCAACAGGCGCUGGGCACACAGCCACCACCUGCCAAUGCGUCACCAGCUUCGGUCUCUUCCCCUGUAAUGAUGAGCGGCAGCCCCAGCUUGUCGGCCAACAGCGCGGCCGAGGAGGAGAAGAUACGGCUUUACAAUCGGGCAAGGGAACAGGCAGAGAAGAAUCAGAGACGAGCCGACCAGCAACGACAGCUCGCGCAGGCAUCCAGUAUACCUCCAUCGAUGAGCCAUCCAGGGCAUGGACAGUCGAUCAACCGCCUCUCAAGCGGAGAGAUACGGGUCAAGACACCCACUCGGCAAUCGACGCAACGACUUUCUGUCGUUGGUGGGUCUUCUCAACCUCUGGGCAACACCCUUAUGGGAUCUGAAGAGGAGAAGAAGCGGCUAUGGGAGAGAGCGAGACGGGAGGCAGAGGAUUACCAGAAAAAGUUCACCCAAGGCGUCUCAUUUCCUCCCGAAGAGAGCUCGAGCAACCCUGCAAGCGGGCCACCGACGGCGAAUUCUUCGGCGAGCGCCUUGCAAGCAACCUCUAAUUCGACGCUACACGCUCCUGUGGCCAACCGAAGGCGGAGCAGCGGCAUGUACUGGCUCGACAGCCCGACCGUGGAUGCCAAUGAGGCAAGAGGUCUACAUGCGCCCUCGGCUCCCUUUGAGCAACCCAGCAUCUCGGCGCCUGCUACCGACACCCCAACCCCACAGCCUAUUGCACCCUUUCCUACAGCAGCAGAAGAGAAGCAAAGGCUCUACAAUGAGGCCAAAGCUCAGACCGAAGCUCAUACGAGGGCUGCUUCAGGGCAGCAAGCAUCAAUGUCCUCGUCUCAGGCGCCAUCUUCAUCCCAAGGUCCACCAUCGGCUGCACAGCCACCACCAUUUGCACGGCAGAAUUCGUCGACGGAGCCUCCGUCCGUUCCCGGAGGUUUUCCUGCAAACACUCUCGAUGAGAAGGCACAGCAGGCAAGGUUCUACGCGGCGCAGGAUGCUGUUGCGCGCCACCAAGCCGAGCAAUCGUCUUCCUCUCUCAACAACGCUUCCGCGGGCUCUUCUUCAAACCCUGCUGCGGCCGCAUUGCCUUCGUAUGCGCAACCACCGCAAUCAUCUUCCGCCAUGUCUAAUGGCGCGGGUUCGUCUUCUGUCGCACCACCUGUCGCAGCCGAAAGGCGAGUUGCAUCCGGACCGGCGCUUAGCGAAAAAGAGCAAAUGCGUCUAUACUACGAGGCCAGAGAGCGGCAAGCCGAGUCGGAGAGAGCGGCCCAACACACACCCGCCCCACAACAAGUCCAGCCGGCUAGACCUCCGCCUCACGUCAAUCACGGCUCCUCGGCGUCUCUCUCUGGUCCUGGGCCCUCGUCGUCGAUAAAUCCUCUUGUGGCACCUGCACCCCCACCUCGGCCUGCUGACAGCCUUCAUUUCCAAACCUCGACGCCACCCACGCUCCCCGCGCUCAGCUUCUCUUCCGGUUCCGCCUCUGGGAACUUUCUUUCGUCGCCUACGUCUCCGCCGAAUGCGUCUGGCAGCACUUGGCACAUCGGAAGGGGAGCAACACCAACACCCAUCGAUGGGCCCUGGGCACCCAAGAUUGCGACGAGCUGGAGCAUUGCUGACGAUGAAAGAGAUGGAGCAGGACCCUCGGGCUCACGUGCGACUUCAGGCGCCCCUGCUCCGCCCCCGUUGCCACCAAAGACGCUCGCUUCUCCAAGCCGAGGCUGAGAGCCAUCUUCCACCCCUUUUUGUGUUCACAUCAUACCGAUCAUUCUUCCCUUUUCGACUUCUGCACAGGUCAUUUUUAAUUGCUUUACAUCAGGGUGACAACGAGUCCUUUGCACAGUCUGAAAAUAGAAUGCUGAGACACCUCAGACAUACUCGACGGGCGAAAUGGGCCCAAAGAGCUCGAGCAAGUCGUUGUCCUUGCGAUGGCGGCACUCUUUCAGCUGGCCAGUCUGAAAGUAAUGGGCAGUCGCCUCAAUUGUGCAGUUCGAAGGCUGGACCAAGGAUGUAUGACCAAUGCCGCUUUGCUCGAGAAAGUAGGAUGAUGGCGAGAAGGAGCGUGCUAU